UCUCCCGCCCUCCUCCGCCCGCUGCGGCUCCAGCCUCCGCCCCGCGCGCUUGCUCCCCGCGCCGCCGCCGCCGCCGCCGCCGCUGCCGCACCUGCCACCAUGUCGCCGCCGCCGGGUCAUGUCUGACUCUCUCUGGACCGCGCUUUCCAAUUUCUCGAUGCCCUCCUUCCCCGGCGGCAGCAUGUUCCGCCGCACCAAGAGCUGCCGCACCAGUAACCGGAAAAGCCUCAUCCUGACCAGCACUUCACCCACGCUUCCGCGGCCCCACUCCCCACUGCCCGGCCACCUGGGUAGCAGUCCCCUGGACAGCCCCCGCAACUUCUCCCCAAACACCCCCGCCCACUUCUCAUUUGCCUCCUCCCGAAGGGCGGAUGGACGCCGUUGGUCUCUGGCCUCACUCCCUUCUUCUGGUUAUGGCACCAACACACCCAGCUCCACGGUCUCGUCUUCCUGCUCCUCUCAGGAGCGCCUGCACCAGCUGCCCUACCAGCCCACGGUGGACGAACUCCACUUCCUGUCCAAACACUUCGGCAGUACCGAGAGCAUCACCGACGAGGAUGGCGGCCGCCGCUCCCCGGCGGUGCGGCCCCGCUCGCGGAGCCUCAGCCCCGGGCGCUCCCCCUCCUCCUACGACAAUGAGAUCGUGAUGAUGAACCAUGUCUACAAGGAGAGGUUCCCGAAGGCCACGGCGCAGAUGGAGGAGAAGCUUCGAGACUUCACCCGCGCCUAUGAGCCUGACAGCGUGCUGCCGCUGGCCGACGGCGUCCUCAGCUUCAUCCACCACCAGAUCAUCGAGCUGGCCCGGGAUUGCCUGGCCAAGUCCCGCGACGGCCUCAUCACCACCGUCUAUUUCUACGAAUUGCAGGAGAACCUGGAGAAGCUCCUGCAGGACGCCUACGAGCGCUCGGAGAGCUUGGAGGUGGCCUUCGUCACUCAGCUGGUGAAGAAAUUGCUUAUAAUCAUCUCACGCCCCGCGAGGCUGCUAGAGUGCCUGGAAUUCAAUCCUGAGGAGUUUUACCACCUGCUGGAGGCAGCUGAGGGCCAUGCCAAGGAGGGCCACCUUGUCAAGACGGACAUCCCCCGUUACAUCAUCCACCAGCUUGGCCUCACCCGCGACCCUUUCCCAGACGUGGUACAUCUGGAAGAACAGGAUAGCGGCGGCUCCAACACACCUGAGCAGGACGACCUCUCGGAGGGUCGUAGCACCGCCACCAAGGCCAAGAAGCCUCCUGGGGAGAACGACUUUGAGACCAUCAAGCUCAUAAGCAAUGGUGCCUACGGUGCUGUCUACCUGGUGCGGCACCGCGACACGCGGCAGCGCUUUGCUAUGAAGAAGAUCAACAAGCAGAACCUGAUUCUGCGCAACCAGAUCCAGCAGGCCUUCGUGGAGCGCGACAUCCUCACCUUCGCCGAGAACCCGUUUGUGGUUGGCAUGUUCUGCUCCUUUGAGACCCGGCGCCACCUCUGCAUGGUCAUGGAAUAUGUGGAAGGCGGGGACUGCGCCACCCUGCUGAAGAAUAUCGGGGCGCUGCCCGUGGAGAUGGCUCGCAUGUACUUCGCCGAGACGGUGCUGGCGCUGGAGUACUUGCAUAACUAUGGCAUCGUGCACCGCGACCUCAAGCCUGACAACCUCCUCAUCACCUCCAUGGGUCACAUCAAGCUGACGGAUUUCGGCCUCUCCAGGAUGGGCCUCAUGAGCCUCACGACCAACCUGUACGAAGGCCACAUUGAGAAGGACGUCCGCGAGUUCCUGGACAAACAGGUGUGCGGGACCCCUGAGUACAUCGCCCCCGAGGUCAUCCUGCGCCAGGGUUACGGCAAGCCGGUGGACUGGUGGGCCAUGGGCAUCAUCCUCUACGAGUUCCUGGUGGGCUGUGUGCCCUUCUUUGGAGACACCCCUGAAGAGCUCUUUGGACAGGUCAUCAGUGAUGACAUUUUGUGGCCCGAGGGGGAUGAGGCCCUGCCCACAGACGCCCAGCUCCUGAUAUCCAGCCUCCUGCAGACCAACCCUCUGGUCAGGCUUGGGGCAGGAGGUGCCUUUGAAGUAAAGCAACACAGCUUCUUCCGAGACCUGGACUGGACAGGGCUGCUGAGGCAGAAGGCGGAGUUCAUCCCCCACUUGGAGUCUGAGGAUGACACGAGCUACUUCGACACCCGCUCGGACAGGUAUCACCACGUGAACUCGUAUGAUGAGGAUGACACGACCGAGGAGGAGCCCGUGGAGAUCCGCCAGUUCUCCUCCUGCUCCCCGCGCUUCAGCAAGGUGUACAGCAGUAUGGAGCAGCUGUCGCAGCACGAGCCCAAGACCCCAGUGACUGCGGCGGGGAGCAGCAAGCGGGAGUCAAGCGCCAAGGGUCCGGAGGAGAAGGUGGCCGGCAAGCGUGAAGGGCUGGGUGGCCUGACCCUGCGCGAGAAGACUUGGAGAGGGGGCUCCCCGGAGAUCAAGCGCUUCUCGGCUUCUGAGGCUAGCUUUCUGGAGGGAGAGGCCAGCCCCCCACUAGGCGCACGCCGCCGCUUCUCAGCCUUGCUAGAGCCCAGCCGUUUCAGCUCCCCUCAAGAGGAUGAGGAUGAGGCGCGGUUGCGCAGGCCUCCCCGGCCCAGCUCUGACCCUCCCUGCUCGCUGGAUGCACGAGCUCCAAAGGAGGUGGCUCCAGGAGACAGCACCCUCAGCUCCGGGGAUCCUGAGGCCACUGAUCGCACACGCCCUGGAGACCUCUGCCCACCCCUGAAAGAUGGCGACCCAUCAGCCCCUAGAGCUACCAAUGACCUGGUUCUUCGCCGGGCCCGGCACCAACAGCUGUCAGGCGAUCCCACAGUGGAGAAGCGGCCUUCUCGAACCGGGGGCAAAGUGAUCAAGUCAGCCUCAGCCACUGCCUUGUCUGUCAUGAUUCCUGCAGUGGACCCGCAUGGCAGCUCACCCCUGGCCAGCCCCAUGUCCCCAAGAUCUCUGUCCUCCAACCCAUCCUCACGGGACUCCUCGCCCAGCCGGGACUACUCACCAGCUGUCAGUGGGCUUCGCUCCCCCAUCACCAUCCAACGCUCUGGCAAGAAGUAUGGCUUCACACUGCGUGCCAUCCGCGUCUACAUGGGGGACUCAGAUGUCUACAGUGUCCACCACAUUGUCUGGCAUGUAGAAGAGGGGGGCCCAGCCCAGGAGGCAGGGCUCUGUGCUGGGGACUUGAUCACCCACGUGAAUGGAGAGUCUGUGCACGGCAUGGUGCAUCCUGAGGUUGUGGAGCUGAUCCUUAAGAGCGGCAACAAGGUGGCAGUGACCACAACGCCCUUUGAGAAUACCUCCAUCCGCAUCGGCCCCGCACGGCGCAGCAGCUACAAGGCCAAGAUGGCUCGGAGGAACAAGCGGCCCUCUGCCAAGGAGGGCCAGGAGAGCAAAAAGCGUAGCUCCCUCUUCCGGAAGAUCACGAAGCAGUCGAACCUGCUGCACACUAGCCGCUCGCUGUCAUCUUUGAACCGCUCACUGUCGUCCAGCGACAGCCUCCCAGGCUCACCCACGCAUGGGCUGCCCGCGCGCUCGCCCACGCACAGCUACCGUUCCACGCCUGACUCUGCCUACCUAGGCGCCUCGUCACAGAGCAGUUCGCCAGCCUCAAGCACACCCAACUCGCCAGCGUCGUCGGCGUCGCACCAUAUCCGGCCCAGCACGCUGCACGGCCUCUCCCCGAAGCUGCAUCGCCAGUACCGCUCCGCACGCUGCAAGUCCGCCGGCAACAUCCCGCUGUCGCCGCUAGCCCACACGCCCUCCCCGACGCAGGCGUCGCCGCCGCCUCUGCCAGGCCACACGGUGGGCAGCUCGCACACGACGCAGAGCUUCCCUGCCAAGCUGCACUCGUCGCCGCCCGUCGUGCGCCCGCGCCCCAAGAGCGCAGAGCCCCCGCGCUCGCCACUCCUCAAGCGCGUACAGUCGGCAGAGAAGUUGGGAGCCUCGCUGGGCGCAGACAAGAAGGGCGCGCUGCGCAAACACAGCCUCGAGGUGGGCCAUCCGGAUUUCCGCAAGGACUUCCAUGGCGAGCUAGCGCUGCAUAGCCUCGCUGAAUCCGACGGUGAGACGCCCCCUGUGGAGGGGCCUGGUGCAUCCCGGCAAGUGGCUGUCCGCCGCCUGGGUCGCCAGGAGUCGCCCUUGAGCCUGGGCGCGGACCCGCUGCUGCCCGAGGGAACUCCCAGGCCCUUGGCGUCAAGCAAGGAGGAGUCCCCAGGUGGCCCUGAGGCCUGUACCCCGCCCCGCGUGACGACCCCGGGGGGUCGGACCCUGGAGCGGGACUCCAGCAGCACGCGGCAUCAGAGCGUGCAGACUGAAGACGGCUCGGGAGGGGCGGCCAGGGGUGUGGCUAAGGCCGCACUAAGCCCAGUGCAAGAGCAUGAGACUGGACGACGCAGCAGCUCCGGCGAGGUGGGCACACCCCCGGUGCCCAUCGUCGUGGAACCCGCCCGGCCCGGGGCCAAGGCUGAGGCUUCCCAGCCGCCAGGCACGGACUCCAGGGGGUUGCAGCAACCAGUGCCCCUGGUGCCUCCAGUGCCUGAGGCCCCCCGAGGCCGAGAGCCCUGGGUGCUGGAGGUGGUGGAGGAGCGGACCACGCUGAGCACACCUCGCUCCAAGCCCGCCUCCCCCAAGCUCUCCCCGGAACCCCAGACCUCUGCCCCAGCACCAUCCAAGAAUGUGCCCAGCAGCACAGGCUCCCCAGCCCCACCCACUUCCCUCCCAGUUCCAGGGGCUAAGCCCGAGGUGGGGCUGUCCUCUCGGUGCCCUGGUGAAGCUGUACCCCCUCCAGGCCUGACCAAAAAAGGAGCGCCCUGCCCAGCACCCCCAGGCCCAUAGCCAAGGGGCCUCUGGCCCUGUGCUGUACAGCUACCUGUAUACAUAUGUACACAUAUAAAUAAAGUGUGUCAGUGCUGCGUGA